AUGGAAGGAAAGCGUUCUCGACAAAACUCUGUUUCGAGUGUUCAUUCGCAAUCGAAUUCUUUGAUUGCAGUUGUUCAAUGUCCUGAAGAACAUACUCAUGCUAUAGUCCAAAGAGAAAAAGAUAAUAAAGUUAUUCUUGUACCUUUGGAUUGUUUUAUUAAUUUUGGUAAAACUGUAAAAGUAAACGAAACUGCUACAUACAGGUCAACUACCGAUUCUCGAAAAUCAGAACGUGGAAAAGUACUGCUCUUCGGUAGUGAAGAUUUAUGUGUUGAACAACUUCAAAUUAUAGAAGAGGAGAAUAUUGAAGAAGAUCAAAUUCUAGAAAACACAAAAAACAAAUCAAAUUCAUCAUCAGCAAUUUUAAAUAAUACAAAUUGUGAAAAACGUUCUAUGGAUAUUAAAAAAAAAAUAAAAAUUAAUGAUCGAUUUGAUGCAUCAACUCCAAAAAAAACAAAUUCGGCUAGUAGUAUUACUUUUGCACCACCAACACGUCUUGGAAAAAAAACAUCUCAAGUUAAACGAAAAUUGUUUAAUGAUAACACUGACUUCUUAUCAACAAAUGAGAAUAUUUUUGAAGAAGACGAAGUUUAUGAAAUCAAUGAUUGUUCAAAAAAAUCAAAAUUCAACAAUGUUGCUGUUAGUGAAUUAUCAGCUAAACAAAUAACGGAUGUUAAUCAUCAAAUUUUAUCUAAAAAUUUAAUUUCAACUGCUUCAUUAAAUCAAGCACGAUCUCAACCAAUGUUGAAAUCGGUUACUCACGAAGAUGCUCUACCCAAUGCAGGAGCUCGCUCAUGGUUCAUUAAUGUUGGAAAAAGAUUGGGUGAACAAUUAUCUGCAAAAACUAUUUGUGAACAUGCGACACUAAUAAACAAUAUUAAUCCUAAUGCACUUCUUACUUGUAUUGAUGAUAGUGGUACAGCCACAGGUCGAAAAAUUAUUCGUGCUUUAUUUUCGGAGGAAGAGCUGUCAGGAAAAACCGGACCAGAAGCUGUCUCCAAACAAUUACGAGAAGCUAUUCGUAAUUUUGUGGAAUUGCACCAUGGUGUAAUACCUAAACAUGACUUUAAUGAAGCCAUCAAUGGCGUCUUUCGUCAAGCAAAAAGAGAUAAGGAAAAUGUGCAAAGAUUUACAAUGGUACCAUCAGUCAAGAAACAGAAAACUGAUUAUAAUCAACAAAAAAUUACCAAAAUGCUUUGUUCGAAGAAAUCGACAUCAAGUGUUGCAAAUAAGACGACAACAAUGUGUAGUAAUACAAUAUUGGAUCACGACGAUGAUCAUCGACUAGAAGGAAAACAGAUUGUCAACAUAUUUUUUGUGAAAACUUAUAUUGAUCAAGCAUAA